UCGGAAGAGAUUGUUAGAAGAUUUUGUGCUCUUCAUUCUGUGUGGUUAUACCACAAACAGCUUGCUUUGGAGAGCGAGUUUUUUUUUCUCGAUUUUGGCUUUAGCCGACCAGGUGGUUUUCCCUUUUUUUCGCGUGCAUAUGGUACUAUUAUUCAGAUUAGCUUAAUCUUUGCUCUUUUUGGUCAGCCAUUGUCAAGGAGCACACGGACGGAGCAACUUCUUGUACCGGCACUGAUCCAUCUAGAAGACCACUCUGUUUAUACACCCUCUGGUUCUUGAGUGAUCCAAUUCCUAUAUUUGGUGGCGUGUUUCCAAUUCUCGUUUUUUUGGCUGGAACCAUGACUGCUGUAUCAAAUGGGACUUCGAAACGCAAGUAUUCUUGGUGGUGGGAUAGCCACAUACGCCCCAAGAAUUCUAAAUGGCUUCAGGAGAAUCUCACAGAUAUGGAUAGCAAAGUCAAACAAAUGAUCAAGCUCAUUGAAGAAGAUGCGGAUUCCUUUGCCAGACGGGCGGAAAUGUACUAUAAGAAACGGCCUGAACUUAUGAAGUUGGUUGAAGAGUUUUAUCGAGCAUAUCGUGCAUUAGCUGAAAGAUAUGAUCAUGCCACAGGGGUAAUCCGUCAUGCUCAUAAUACAAUGGCAGAAGUGUUCCCAAACCAAAUUCCUUUGAUGUUUGGUGAUGAGUCACCUGCCGGUGCUUCUGCCAAUGAGGCUCAUCCACGAACACCGGAGAUGACACCCCCUAUCCGUGCUCCGGUUGACCCAGAUGUGUUACAAAAAGAUGCUUUUGGGGUCUCUUCAUCUCAUGUGCAUUCUGUGAAAAGGAAUGCAACCUUCACAGAAAAACCUCAGUUUGAGAGUAUCAUAAAGGGUUUGAAACAGCUUAACGACUUGGCUGAGUCUGAGACUGGAAGGGCAAGGAAAGGACUGAAUUUCAGCGAUGCAGAUGAGAAAGGAAGAAAUGGUCACAGCGACGAAAUCCAUGAUCUUAAGGCACAAAUUCUUUCAGAAUCUGAACGAUAUAGCAAAGCCGAGGCUGAAGUUUUGGCCUUAAAAGAUGCUCUUUCCAAAGUGCAGGUUGAAAAGGAAGCCACCUUAACUCGAUACAAGUUGAAUUUGGAGAGGCUGACUAAUCUGGAGUUGGAAAUAUCUGGUGCACAAGAGGAUUCCAGGGGGCUUAAUGAACGAGCCACAAAAGCUGAGGCUGAGGUCCAGACACUCAAGGAUACCAUUAGCAAAUUAGAGUCUGAAAAGGACUCCAGCUUUCUUCAGUAUCAGCAAUGCCUGCAAAAGAUAGCUGAUUUAGAGGUCGGCAUCUCUCAAGCACAGAAGGAUUCUCAAGAAAUAAGUGAGAGAGCCAGCAAAGCUGAAGCUGAAACACAAACCUUGAAGCAAAGGCUUUCCAGAGCUGAAACCGACAAGGAAGCUGCUCUUGUUCAACACCGGCAAUGUUUGGAAACCAUAUCUAAUCUGGAAGAGAGACUCCUGAAGGCAGAGGGAGUUGCAAGGAUUAUCAAUGAGCGGGCAGAGAAGACUGAAGCAGAAGUCGAAAACUUAAAGCAGACAAUUUCCAAAUUAAUCAGAGACAAUGAAGCUUCUGAACUUCAGUACCAACAGUGCCUGGAGACGAUUGCUGAUCUGAAGCUCAAACUAUUCAAUGCUCAGGAAGAAACCCAAAGGCUUAGCUGUCAGGUAGAGGAUGGUGUUGCAAAAUUAAAAAUUGCUGAAGAAAAAUGUUCUGUGCUGGAGAGAUCAAAUCAGACUCUGCACUCGGAGCUGGACACUCUCUUGGAGAAAAUGGGGAACCAAAAUCAGGAGCUCACAGAGAAACAGAAAGAGCUGGGAAGAUUGUGGACUUGUGUGCAAGAAGAGCGUUUGCGUUUCCUGGAGACCGAGACAGCUUUUCAAACCCUGCAGCAAUUGCACUCUCAGUCUCAAGAGGAGCUAAAAACUUUGGGUUUGGAACUCCAAAUUAGGUACCAAAUUUUGAAAGACAUGGAAACCCGCAACAAUGAUUUACAGGAGGAAGUUCAGAAGGCCAGAGAAGAGAACAAGGGCCUUAAUGAACUCAAUCUGUCUUCAGCUGCAUCAAUCAAAAGUUUGCAAGAGGAGGUCUCAGGCUUAAGGAAGACAGUACAGAAACUUGAAGCUGAAGUUGAACUUAGAGUGGACCAGAGAAAUGCUCUGCAGCAAGAAAUAUAUUGUCUUAAAGAGGAAUUAAGCCAGAUAGGGAAGAAUCAUCAGUCUAUGCUGGAGCAGGUAGAGCUGGUUGGUUUAGAUCCAGACUGUUUUGGGUCAUCUGUCAAGGAGUUGCAGGACGAAAACUCGAAGCUAAAAGAAUUCAACGAGAGAGAAAACAAAGAAAAGAUGGCUCUUCUAGAGAAAUUGAAAAUGAUGGAAAUGCUUGUGCAGAAAAACCUUUUGCUUGAGAAUUCUAUAUCAGAUUUGAACUCUGAGUUGGAAGCAAUCAGAGGAAAGCUGCAGACAUUGGAAGAAGCUUGUAAAUUGCUCUCAGAAGAUAAAUCAGGUCUCAUUGCUGAGAAUGACACGCUAAUGUCUCGGCUGCAGACUGCUACAGAGAACAGUGAGAAACUCUCUGAGAAAAACAACUUACUGGAGAGUUCUCUUUAUGAUGCCAAUGCAGAACUUGAAGACCUUAGGUUAAAGUUGAAGAGCCUGGAAGAUUUGUGCCGUUCACUAAAUAAUGACAAGUCCAGUUUGACUUCUCAAAGAGAGAGCUUAAUUUCUCAGAUGGAUUUAAUGAGAAAAACCCUGGAAGAUCUGGAGAAAGGACAAGGAGAGCUGAAAACGGAGGUUUCGGCAUUAGAGGCGGAGAGAGAAUCCUCACUUCAGAAAAUUGAAGAGUUGGCAGUGUCCUUGGUUGCCAAGGAUCGGGAAUAUGCUAGUUUUGUGCAAUUGAGUGAGGCUCGGUUGGGCGACAUGGAAUCAAAGAUCCAUCUUCUUCAAGAUGAAAACGAAUGCAGGGAGAGAGAAUAUCAAAUGGAACUAGACCGGGGUGUUGAUGCUCAAAUCCGGAUUUAUGUUAUGCAGAAAUGCUUACAAGACUUAUUUGAGAAGACCUCCUGUCUGAUGGUUGAGAAUAAGAACAUCAAAGAAGAAUCUAAAUUGUCAGAGAAGCGAGUCUCUGAACUGGAACAGGAGAAUACAGGGAAAGGAGUACGGAUUGAAUCCUUGACUGGCCGGAUUAAAGUGUUGAGAAUGGGACUUCACCAAGUACUGAAGAGGCUUGAAAUAACUCCAGAUAUUGAGUCAGAGGAUGAGAAUUGGCAAGACCAGAAAAAUAUGCAUGAUAUACUGAGCAAACUUGAUGAGAUGCAAAAUAUGCUUUUGGAGAUUCAGAACGAAAACCAGCUCUCAGCCGUUGAGAACUUUAUCCUUGUUUCACUGCUCCAGCAACUUAAAUUAGAAGCAGUUGGUAUUGCAAAGGAGAAGAAUAUUCUUGGGGAAGAACUUGAAUUUCAGCAUGAGCAGCUCUCGUCUUCUCAAGAGGAGAACAAGAAGCUUAUCUGCAUGAAUGAAGAAUUGACCUCGAAAGUAAAACAUGGAGUUAGCAGAGAGGAAGCUUUGGACAUGAAAAUAGAGGAUUUGAAUAGGCAAGUGUUGGGUUUGCGAGAUGCAUACACCGUUUUGCUGGAAGACAAUUACAAGACUUUGGACGAGAAAAGAUCCUUGACGAAGUCAACUGUGCAGUUGGAGGAGGAGAAAUGUAAACUAGAAGAGGAUAUUGGCUUUCUUCUUGCUGAAAAUAUUUACCAGAGCAAUCUCAUUCUUCUUCUGGAGGAUGUCAUCUCGGCAAAGCUUUCAGAAGUUAAUAUACUAAGCGAGGAUCUGGGCAGACUCAAUUCUAUUAAGGAUAAGCUUGAGAAAAAGGUAAGGGACGCAUUAACUGAGAAUUUGGAGCUUCACGGAUUGCUAGAAAAAUCAGAAGGCGAGUUACUUUCGGUCCGAUCAGCCAAUGAUCUGUUAAGUCAUGAAAUUGCCAGUACGAAGGAUCAGUUGUGUCAAAAGGAGAAUGAGCUUCUAGAAGCAAUGCUGUUGAUCACCGUCGUGCAAAAUGAAAAAGCCGAACUAUCUCAGGUGUUGGAGAAUUUGGAAUGUGAAUACAAAGAAACUAAAGCAAUACAAGAAGACCAAGAGAAACAGGUUCUGACACUUCGUGGAGACUGUGAUGGGCAGAUUAAGGAGACCGAACGUGCAAAUGCAGUGAACAUGAAAUUGGGGGCCGAAUUGCAGAACCUACUCGAGGAACUUGUAAAAAUCAAAAUGGAGAAAGAGAAGCUGAGCCAUGAUCUGCUUAAAGAACGAAACGAGGCUGAAUUGUGGAAAUCUCAGGCUGAGGCAUGCUUUGGCAAUAUGCAGAUCUCUGUUUUCCACGAAGCAUUGCUCAAAGGGAUGACCCAUGAGUUGGCUGAAGCUUAUGAGAACCUUGAAAGUAGAAGUGUAUUGAAAGAUGUGGAGAUUGAUCAGCUAAAGGAAAGAGUAAGCAGCUUAGAGGAUGCAAACAAAGGACAGCAAGCCCAUAUGGCAAAAUAUGCUCAAGCUGCUGUUUUGUUGGAGGAAAGCAUAAAAUCUCUGGAGAACCGUUUUGCCAAGCAUCGUGAAUACAAGGAUGAAAUAAUCAAGGACGCAGAAGAAGACAGGUUCUCAGAGUUGCAUGAUAUGCAUUUGAGGAUCAAAGCCAUUGAGGAGGCAGUGAUAGAGAAGGAAAAGCUUGUGAUGCUCGAAAACUCGAAUGCAUACUCCAAGCUGGAGGCCGCAAUGAAACAAAUCGAAGAACUACGAUCCAAUUCCAUAAGAAGCAGGAAGAAACAAGAGGGAGAAGGUCGAUCGCAGAAGCAGAUCCGGCAAGCCUCUCCAGAGGAAAUCGAGGAGGUGAUAACAAAAGAUAUAAUGUUGGAUCAAGUGUCUGAUUGCUCAUCUUAUGGGAGAAGCAGGAAAGGCACUCUCGAGGUUAACGAUCAGAAGAUUGAGCGGUGGGAAAUAAAUGGACAAGGUAAUAGUUUAGACCUGAAACUGGAAAAGCAUGACAACACGGUUCCGGUUAAGGAAAAAGGUAAAUCCUUGUCCGAGGAGUCAUUGGUCGUCGACAAAUUGGAGGUCUCAGAUAAAUUCUCAGACCCGAACCAAGACAUACACAAGAGGAAAGUUCUGGAAAGACUCGACUCCGAUUUACAGAAGCUGGCAAACCUUCAGAUCACUCUUCAAGAUUUGAGAAGUAAAGUGGAGACCGACGAGGAACAGGGCAAGAAGGGAAAAGGAGACGAGUACGAGACCAUCAAAGGACAGCUCGAAGAAGCAGACGAAACGAUAAGGAAACUCUUCAACGUGAACCGAAAGCUAAUGACCAAAGUCGAGGCCGGAUUCACACCACAAGAUGGCAGCAGACCAACGGAACUGGACGGAGCAGAGAGGAGGAGGAGAGUAUGGGAACAAGCGAGAAGAGGGUCGGAGAAAAUCGGAAGGGUGCAGAUGGAGAUACGGAGAAUAAGGUUUCUGCUGAUGAAACUGGAAGGGGAAGCAGAAAACAGGGGAAGAUCGAAGAUGGCGGACGCUAGCCAGACGAGAGUUCUGCUACGAGAUUACAUCUAUGGCGGAACGAGAAGCAGACAGAUGAAAAAGAAGACGAAGAAGAAGAGAUCUGCGUUUUGUGCGUGUGUUCAGCCUCAGUCUCCAUGACCCUUGGACCGUUUCUUGCCAAUAUGUAAGCUUUAUUCAUUAGCGAGCUAUAGACUUUAGUAUCUGUUUCAGAGCUCUUUUUUUUAUUUGGGGCCAUUGUAGAGAAUGUCCUUUGGGUUACUAAGUGCGAAGCGAAUCUUAAAAACUUCGUACAAACCCACCAAGGACGUUUGCGUUUGCGUUUGCAUUUGAAACGCUGGUGCAGCGUUUGCUUCAAUAACAGAACAUUCAGGAUA